AUGUCAUCAAAGCAGUCAUCUCCCUCAUCAGAGGAGCAGGCUUCCUCCGAAAUAGACGAUCUGUAUCUGUCGCUGCAAGUGCAGCGAGAGUUUACACAGAAGAAAACCUUUACUAGCUGGAUAAAUUCAAUAUUGGCAAAGCGUAUACCUCCUUAUGUUAUCUCAGACCUGUAUGCAGACAUACAGCAAGGACAUUUGCUUUUGGAUCUGUUGGAAGUGCUUUCAGGACAGCAGCUGCCCCGGGAAAAAGAAUCGGAAAAGGGAUCAAAUACCUUCAAGUGCAGAAGUAACAUAGAAAAUGCUUUGACAUUUUUAAAGAGCAGAUCACUCAAGCUCAUAAAUAUUCAUGUUGCUGACAUUAUUGAAGGAAAACCUUCCAUUGUGCUUGGUCUAAUUUGGACAAUUAUAUUUCAUUUUCAUAUUGAAGAACUUGCCAGGACACUGGCUUGUACUUACAAUCAGCCUUCACUUGAUUGUUCAAGUGCUGUUGACUCCUCUUCGAAGGCAAGCCCAUCAGCUAAUAAGAGUUCUAAAAUUAAGGAACGGUGGAAGAUUUCUGCUACAAAGGCUCUGUUGUUGUGGGCAAAAGAACAGUGUUCACUGCAUGGCUCUAUCAAUGUGACUGAUUUCAAGUCAAGCUGGCGAAGUGGACUGCCUUUUUUAGCCAUCAUCCAAGCCUUGCGACCAGGUCUAGUUGAUUUGGAGCAGGCAAAAGCUAGAAGCAAUAAAGAAAAUCUGAAAGAGGCUUUCAGAAUUGCAGAACUGGAGCUGAAUAUUCCACGGCUUCUCGAACCUGAAGAUGUUGACACUAUGAAUCCAGAUGAAAAAUCAAUCAUGACUUAUGUGGCUCAGUUUUUGCAAUACUCCAGGAAUUUGCAUGAGUCUGAAGAAGACACGCAGGAAAAAGUAAGAGAGGCCAUGAGCUGGUUGGCUGCACAAGAGACGAAGUUGGCAAAGUUGCUGGUUGACACAGAGAAUGAAACAUAUUACCAAAAGUACAAAGAAAUGAUGUCAUUUAUGGAAUCAUUUAACCAAGAAAAGAAAGCCUUUCUGCCUGUGUUGUCAUCAAAGAGAAGUGAAGCUGAGCUGAGCAAAGGCCAGCAGCAGAUGAGAGAAGAGUGGGAUAAACUGAUCUCUCAGAUUAAUGAAUGGAAAGCGAAGCUGGACCAGAUAUUGCCUUCCCCUCUGGAUAGCAUCGAGGCUUGGCUUCAGGAGGUAGAACAUCUGCAGGCAGAAGAUUUGCCUGAUUUACAGGACCCAUUUAAAGCAAUGUUUGUCUUCAGAGAAAAAAUUGUAAUAUUUAAGGGCUUGAUGGAUCGUUUUGAUUUUCACUUGGACACCCUUCAGUCAUUUAAGAAUGAAGAUAAGAAGAAUAUGCCACUGGUCUUGCCUGAAAAGUUAGAUGAAAUGAAAAGAAGAUUCAGCAAUAUUUGUGUCACAAGCUGCAAUACCUUUCUUGAAUACCACUAUGGACUGUGCUCAGCUAUUGCCAAUGAGGUGAUGUUAAAGCUUAAUAUCUGGGACAUGAAAUAUGGGACAAAAGAGUCUGUUGAAACACUGCUGGAAAAUUGGAAUAAUUUUGUUGAAGAAAAGAGACUUGAAAUGCAACUAGAAACAGCUACUCGCAUCUGUGAAGAUCUGAAAAACAAAAACAUAAGCAAUACUGGCUUAGCUGGAAGUCCUCAAGAAAUUACGAAACUUUUUAAGACAGUGGAGUCAAAGAUUUCUAUGUGCAGAGACUAUGUUUCCAAUGUAAAUACAACCCUAGAGAAAGUCCUGUCUUCCUGGAGUAAUUAUACAGAAAACAUCCACUUACUAAAGACAUGGCUGGAGGAAAAGCGAAAUGAGCAUCCAAAAGAGAUCCCUGCUGAGAUCCUGGCAAAGUGGAAUUCAGUUCAUGGUUCCUUAAAUGAAGCUGGAAACUAUCUCAUCGAAGUCAGCAAAGAGCAAGUUGGGUCAAAUAUUGCUAAAGAGCUGAAGAAACUGAACAGGAGAUGGGCAAAGUUCAUCAAGAGGACACACUUUCUUGGUGAAGAGAGCACAGAUGCUGCUGAAAAGACCAAGGAGCUUCCAGGAAGUCUGGAGAAAAUUGAAGAGCUCCUCAGAGGGGUGGACAGCUGGGCAGCAGAAACUGGACACCUGCUUACUGAGAUUGGUUGUGAAGGUCCUGUGGAACCUGAGAAGGAGGAACAUUUGCAGAGCUUGGCUGCAAGGGGGAUCUCAUGCCAAGAACAAGUUGUGGCAGCAGAAGAGAUACUGCAAUCCCUGGUGCAAAAUGCUUCAAGCUGGACGUCCCAACAGCAUUCUAACACCACUGGGCUGCAGGCACGAGUUAAAGAAGCCAGAGACAAAGUAGAGGCUCUCAUGGGUGACAUGAACAACAUCUUGUCCAAAUUUGUGACGAAAACCUCAGAGAAUGAGGCUUUGCUCAAUUUUGAAGAAUCCCAAAAAGAACUUGAGGCCUCCAUUUCAAAGGCUGUGCAACUUAUCAGUCAAAAAUUAAGUCCUGAAGAAUGUAUUUCAAGAUACAAGGAAGCUUUUAACGCUCUGGACAACAAAGUUCUUGAUAAAUUUUUGAAAGCAGCUGAACAACUGAAAAAUAUUUCAUCUGAUCAUGAAAAGAUGGUAGUGGAAGAAAAGAGUAAAGAUGUUCGCAGAAGAUGGGAGGCAGCUCGUCAGGAAAUUAUGUCCUACGUUCAGCUCCUAGUAGAACGGGAAAAAAAGAAAUUUACUGCAACUUUUAAAAAAAUCAAUAAACAAAUAAGCAAAGAGAAGAAACUCCUAAGUAUGGAUAAAACCAAAGAGCUCAUCAAGGAACAUGAGGCCUUUUUUUCACAUGAAGGCAGCCUGAGUGAACUUAGGAAGUCAUUAGAAGACCUUAAAAUAUUGGGAAGACUAUCAGAAGAAACUGUCGCAGACAUACAGACGCUGACUGCAGACUGUGAACAAAAGCUAGGAAAGCUUCAACAAGUUGUGUCAGAUACUUACACGGCCCUGCUGUCUCACGCUGGAAAAGGACAGCCUUCUAAGAAAGAGAGCUCUGUUGUUGCUUCUGAGAACGGAGAAGAGCCUGGUUCUUCUCAACAAACUGACAUCCUUUCAGAACAAGAGCCCUCAAGAUCUGCUGCAGAUACAGUUUUGGAACCAGAUGUGAAACAUCACAAUGGAGAAAGCUCUGCAGAGAAAAUUGAGGAAGACAGUGAUUUGUCCAUACCAGCUUUAUUAGAGAGCUAUAACACACAAAGAAGUAACCUGGAGGAACUUUUACAAAUCAGCAGACAUAAAGUAGCAUCUGGCUUUACUGAUGAAAUAAAAGGCACUUCAUGCUUUCAGGAUAAGCUGCUUGAACUACAGGUGAUAGAGAAUGAAACCAGUUCUAGUUGGACACAACUGGAAGACCUCUCAUCUACUUUAGAAAAUCUGGUGGAUGAAGUGCAGCAGGCUUCUAUCUCUGAGACAAAAAGUAAACUAAAAGGAGAAUGGGAAGAGCUUCAGGAUGUUAUAAGCACCAGAACAAACUCUUUAAGGACUGCUUUGGAAAUUGUUUUGCCAAUAGAAAAUGAAUCCAUUCUUCUGUGUGAAUUAGAUGAGCGUCUGAAGAAAAAGGACAUCCAGCAGUUUAAUCUGAUGAACAGUGAUCUUGCUUAUAGGGAACUAAAGGAGCUGCGGAGAUCCAUAUUAAAUCAGAUUGAAGUGUGCAAACAAUUGGAACACCUAGAUAGUUCAGCAAGAGAUGAAUUUAAUCCAAUAGAUCUGCAAGCUGCAAGCAAAAUUAUGGUUUACUAUCAAAACCAGCUUGAAGAAAUGAGCCAUAAAAUGCAGAUCCGGGAAACAGUCCUUAAAGAUCUGGAAGUUUUUAUGGCCUCACUGAGGAAGAUUCAUUCUUCCAUCAAAUGUCUCACAGAUUCCCCAGGCCAACCUGAAAUACAGAAAAAAGCAUUGCAAGAAGCUGCACAAGAUGUUUCUCAUGCCACUGAACAGGCUAAAUGUUUGGAUGAACGCCUGAAAACAGUUGAUAUCUGUUUGGAAGAUGCUGAAUCUGGGAGAAAGACUUGCUGUGAAAACCUUGUUUUGACUUUAUCUGAAGAGCUAAAUGUGAUUUACAAUCCCUUAAAUGAACAGAUGCUUACAGAUGAGAAAGACUUAUACAAGGCUUUUUCCACAAAAAACAAUGAACUUCGCAAAAAUAUUCAGGAUCUGCGUGGCAAAAUUGACAAAAUAGGCUUGAAGGAUCCCACAAUUCCAGCUCUUCAACAAAGGGUAAAAUCUUUAAUGGAAUUGGAAAAGGAAUUGGAUUGUGCUGCUGCUGAAAUGAAACCUGUGCGAGAAAUUGUUAAUAAGCUGCCACAGAUCAAAGAAGAAAAAGCAGAGGAAGCAAAUGAACAAUGCAGAGAUACAGAGAGGUUAUGGGAGGAUACAAAACUCUUGCUUGCUGAAUGCCAGGAGCAAUGUGCAAGGGCUCUGGAGCUCCUGAAGCAGUAUCAAAGCUGCAAAACGAGUCUGACCAGCAUCAUCCAGAAACAAGAGAUAGUCCUUUCGCAGCAAACCUCUUACAUGGGGAAGGAGAAUUUGAACAGACUAAUAACAAAGAUUGAAGAGGCAAAAGAGGAGUUUAAUGAUCACUCUGAAGAUGUAGACAAAAUAAAUCAAAUCUGCAAAACCCUUCAAUUCCAGCUCAAUAAAAUGAGAAGCUUUGAGGAGCCUCCAUUCGAGAAUGAGGCUAACAUUAUUGUGGACAGAUGGCUGGAUAUCAAUGAAAAGACUGAAAACUACUGUGAUAAUUUGGGAAGAGCUCAGGCUUUGUGGGACAAACUUCUUAGUCUAUCUGGCACAAUUGAUGCUUGGGCAAAUGCAGAACUUAAGAAUGCAGAAGACCGUUGUCUGACUGAAGAGGACCUUACACAGUUGAAGGCAUGCUUACGAGCCCAAGAGCAGAAACUCCAAAAAUUUGACAACACAGUGGCUGAGAUAGAAGAACUUCUGAAUAGUAAUGAACCUCCACUGGAGCUACAGGUCAUCAGAUCAUCUGUUGUGCAAAAAAUGGAGCUUAUAAAAGAGCUCUUGUCAACGAAGAGGAGGACCAAUGAACUCGGUGUGAAUACUGCAGAACUAAAAGGAGACCUUGAUCUGGCCAAGACACAGAUUGGAAUGACUGAAUCACUUUUAAAAGCUUUAUCGCCGUCUGACACCUUAGAGAUCUUUACUAAAUUAGAGGAGAUACACCAGAAAAUUCUGCAACAAGAGCACUAUGUGACAUUACUUCAAGAAGAGACGGAUUGUCCUGACGUGGAUGAAUUAAAUAAGCAGCUUAAAUGUGUCACUGAUUUAUUUAAUAAGAAGAAACAUGUGUUUCAAGAUCACUUUAUUGGUGUUUUGAAUCGUCAGUGCAAGAAUUUUAAUGACUGGUUCAGCAGCACUCAGCUGUCUUUGAAGGACUGCUUUGACCCUUCAGAAACAAAACCAAUACUGCAAGAAAGACUGCAGAGGCUAAAGCACUUCCUAACAUCUGAAGGCAAAGACAGAGAUAUCCAAGAGGUUAAAACUUUGUUAAAUAAAGUGAAGCAUUACUUGCCCAAAGCAAGCAUUAACCACCUUAACACCCGUGUGAGAGAUCAAGAAGCAGAACUGCAAAGACUAAUCUCCAAGUGUCAGAAACGGGAAAAGGAACUUGGUGCUUCUCUCCAGCAGCUCAGUAGCCUUGAAGAAAGCAGCACAGUGUUGGAAGAAUGGCUCACAGCUCAGGAAGAAAAACUACAAGAGAUCAAAAAAGAUGAGACAAAACUUGAGAACUUUUAUAAAACACUAAUAAUGCAGAGAAAACCUUUUGAAUCCAUGGCUCAGCUAGCAAAUUCCUUGGGAGAGGCUGGCCUGGCAGAUGAAACCAUUUCAGAAGCCAGUGGUCUUAUUAGUAGGUACCACACACUGACAACACAUGUAAGUGAAAUGGCAGGGAAUACUGAGAGAAUCCCAGUGGAAGGACAGCAUUUUGAAGAACUUGCCUGGGAUGUUUCUUGCUGGAUCAAAAAGCUUGAGGAGGCUGUUAAUAACCUGAGUUCACAGGAAAGUGAGUUGCCACCCGACAAAAGGAUUACGCAGAUAAAGGAAAUCACAGCUCUCAAAGAUGCAGGAGAGGCCAAAAUAAAGAACAUGGUAGCUUUAGGAGAAACUUUAAUGAAAAAAGCAAAAAGCAAGAAGCCGUUGGUUCUGCAGACUAUUUCUGAGCUCCAGAACAAGUGGGAAAGCACCUGUCAGCUAGCUGCUGAGUAUGGAAGCCCUCAAGAACAACUUCAGUUCAACAGGGACCAAUAUGAGCAAAGCAAAGAAGAUCUGAGACUGGCUCUAACUGAACUGGAGAAACAGCAACAGGAGAUAGGUUUUGCCCUUCAGCCUGGUUUGCAGGAGAAGCAAGCUCAGCUGACAAACUAUGCCAACCUCCUGCAUAAAGCAGAAGACUUGACUUCCCGAUUUAAUGAGUUGAAAAGCCAGGAAGGUCACCUACAGGGUCCUGCUGGGGAUCCUUGCUUCACAGAGGUGGAAUGGUUGGAAUUAAAGCACCAACAUGAAAAUCUUCUCAGCCAGUUGAAGACCGUAGUGCAGACAUUGGAAAGUCAUGUUCAGGAGCAUCAGCAGUUUCAGGAUAUGGUAGCAGGCCUGAGCACUGAGCUGAAAACUGUCUCUGAGAAGCUUGCAGAUUGUGAAGGACAUGCAAUGAAACAACCGUCAGCUGAGCUAAACCAGUUGAAAUCACAGAAAGAACAAGAUCCUCUUAGUCGAUGUGAAGACAAAUUAAAGAAGAUUUUGGUUUUAGCAGAAACUGUUAAACAAAACACCUCUUCACCAGGACAGAAGUUUAUUAAGGAUGAGAUUGAAACACUUCAGAGUAAGCACAGGAGUCUGGAAGAAAGACUUGAAAAUGUCAGGCAAAAGGAGGAAGAUAUUUUCAGUGAAGCCCUUGAGUCAAAAGAUGAGUUUGGUAAUGAAAUACAAAUGGAAGAUAAGGCAGAUGCAGUGUCGAAGAGAGAGAUGAUACAGAUCACUUCUGAUAUUCCUGUUGCUGCAGAAGAGAGCCUCAAAGCAGAGGACUCAAAGGAGCCUUUGGAAAUGCAUGAUGGGCAAGAUAUAAAUGGAAAUAUGUCAGAGAAAGAGAAGCAAAAUGAUCUACUUUUGGAGGAAAGCAGUGUGUUGUCAGACAGCCCAUUAGAGGGUAUCCAUCGAGGCAAGGACAGAUUGGAGUACACUAUUCAGGAGGAGGUUGAUAAAGAGAGCCCAGAUAUGGAUAAACAUGAUAGGGUCCAAGAGGAUGUUUUGGACAAUGUACAGCGAGGUGAAGUAGAACUGGAAAGGCAUCAAGACGGUGUUGAUACUGAAGACGAAGAAACAAGAAAUGAAACUUGUCCAGUAAAUCAAAAGGACAAAACCAGUGCUGUCAAGAAUGAGUCAUAUAGAGAAGAUGUGGAGCAGGUUCAACAAAGGGUGUGCGAGAAGACUCAAGUCCUGAAGUCUGUGGCAGCUGAGAAAGAUGGUCUGGAAUCUAACCUCCCAGUUUCUGCACAUGAGGACACAAGUGCAGAAGUGGUUGUCCCGAAGGAACUAUUUCCUGGAGUGCAAGUAAACACUGACUAUUUUGAAGAGGAACAGAAGCUCAAUGAGCUGAAAAAUGAAGUGGCUGAACUGGAUAUUGUGCUUAUAAAUGAACAACUAAAAGAGCUAGAGAAUUUACAGGUUGAACUGGAAGCAUGGAAAGCAAAAUCUUUGUGUCACAGUCAAGAAGCAAUUUCCAGUGCAACAGAAUCCAACAGAGCAGAGCUGCAAACCCCAGAGCCUGUCGUGUCCUGCUGGGACAGGCUGCUUCAGGAGCUAGAUGCUGUUAGGGCAGUGAAGCAACAACAGUGCCGUUUAAUUAACGAGUACCAGAAAAAUCUUUGUGCUGCACAGUCCUCAAUAAAAAAUCUGUCAACAGAAAAAGAUAACAUAAAAAUGGGUCCUAUGAAUAGCACAGCUCUUCUUGAGAAAAUUAAGGUGUGCAUAGAGUCCUUACGAAAAGAAAAAGAUGUCUUAAACCGAUUGAAAACUCAGCAAGAAAGUUUAUCUCAGCAUUUAACAUGUAUGGAUAAAGUGUUAACUGAAAGCCAAAUGAGGCAGCUGGAGCAAUGGUGGCAACACAUGGAAGAAGCAGUGCAAAAGAAACAUGAUCAAGUUGUGGCCGAAAUCGAUGAAUUUAACCUGCUUAUGAAUAAAGCACAAGAUAUUCAGAGACUGAUACAAGAACAGCAUUUGCAAGCAGAGUUAUACUCCUCACCUGCAGAAAAAGCCAAGUACCCUGUACUCUGGACCACAGAGCUACAGGACAUUAAGAAUGGUCUUUCUCUAUUAAAAAGAAGGAUUGAACUGCAGAUGAAAAGAAUUUGGAGUGAUCAAGAGAAGGUAGCUUUGGAGAACUCUAUACUUGAUUUGCAGAGCAAAUUGGAUGCACUAUCAGGGCAACAAACUCAUCAAGAGCAUGCUCAGAUCACUGGUCCUGCUCUCGUGAAAUACGAAAUGAUGAAGAGGCUGAAGGAAAAUAUUUCGUGGGUCAAAGAUUCACUGUCCUCUCUGGAUCAGAAAGCAGCACUUUUCCCCAGUGAUGUUAAAUCACAGAUCAGAAAUUGUCAGCUUAUGAACGCAGAAAUUCUAAGCAGAGAGUCUGUGAUCGUAUCACUGGAUCAAGGGCUCCAGCAUAUCAUUCCAAGCUUGAAGGCAGAGGAGGUCUCUGAUAUGACAUUCCUUCUACAAGCACUGCAAAAUUCAUACAAAGCUCUUGUUUUAAAAGCAGCUCAAAGAUUACAGCACCUAGAGCUCCAGCUGGAGGAGAGGCAAAGACUUAUUGCAGAAAUAGAAAAACUUCACUGUCAGCUUCGAAAUGCUGAGAUGCUUGCCAGGCCCAACACGAAGCAAACCAGUACAUGGUCAGAAUUAAUUGAUCAACAAGCCGUUUUAAAGGGGAUUUUGAAGGAUAUACAAGAAAUAGAAGGGCUUAUCUCAUCCCACUGUAAAGAAAGUCAGGUCACAGCUGGGGAACUGAGCCUGUGUGAACAAUUAUUUUUGACUGAUCAAUUAAGAAGUCUGAAGAACAGAGCAAGGAAAACACAGAGACAAGUUCAGAGUAAACUUCAUGAAGUAGAAAAAAAGAUAGCUGUGUACAGAGAGUUUGAUGAAGGAAUAACUUCAUUGGAGAAGGAUCUUAAUGAUUUAGAGUACAGCGAAGUGAACCUGCAAGAAGAUAAAUUAUUAGGAGCCAAGCAGGAAGUGAAGGGUAAAUGCAAAGCACCUGAAGAAAAAGUAUUAGCUUUUCAGUCCAAUUUGUCACAAAUAAUGAAGUACAGAGAAAUCUUUGAAUGUGUAGGUCUAAAAUGGGACUCACGUCAGCUGGAUGAAUUGCAAACUAAAUUUUUAGAAAUUAAGAAUAAAAUUAAAGGGAAGACAAUACACUUUGAUAAUGUUGUUAGGGAAUGCAAUAAGUUUGAAGCAUUACUAAAUGAAAUCCAGACUGUGACAUCCAAUGCAAGAAAAGAAGCUAACAUCCUUAAUGAUAGCUCUAGCUCUUCUCCUGCUGAGAACCUUAUAGCUGCACAGAUUCUGUUUCAGACAGUUCAACAAAUCUCGCACUUAACCCAAGACGCAGCAAAUCAAAUAAACAAAAAUGAGGUCUUGGAUACAUCGUUCAAAGAAUCAAAGAGGAAAGAAAUAAAGAGCCUGGAGAAAGAUGUUAAGGAGUUGAAUCAGUUUCUUCAAGCCUUGGUCUCUGGUCUCCAGUGUGUAAGCAAGGCAGAUGCCCAGAAUGAAGUAGAACAAAUAUUCCACAUCAUAAAGUAUAUUCAGUUAGAGCUCCAGAAGCCACUUCUGGUAGGGAUGAAAAAGAUGCAGUAUGAAAAGAUACGAUGGGAAGCAAUUCAGAAUAUGAUGCAAAUAAAGUUUUCUGCUAUUAAAUGUAUAAUGGAAAAAGAGAGGGAAAGCCAAGAAGAAAAAUCCCUUGCUGCUGGUAUAGAAACAAAAUUAGAGGCACUGCAAGAUCAUGAAAUUCAACUGAAAAGAGAUGUGGCUGCCCGUGUUAGUGCUCUGGAGGAGGCAUGUAGGACCAGUGAGCUUUAUGCUGAGGCUGUUCAGAAGACUGUGAAGUUCCUUGAGGACUAUGAAGCACAAGUCCAGUCUGCUGCAGCAGAGCCUGGUAGAUCAGAGGAGGUCGGUCAAACCCCACAAUGGAAACAAGAAGAGUUCAACUCUGCAAAGGCUGACAUAGAAAACCUGUACUCCAAGCUGAAAAUCCUAAUGACACCAGAAGACAAAGCUUGUCUGGAAAAUAAUCUAACAGAACUAGUCAAUAAGAGUUUGGCAUUAAGUGAGAAGGCUGAAAGGAAAGAAGCUGGUGAACAGAGGUAUGUUGAAAAAUACAAAAGCUAUACAAAAACCAAAGAUAAGGUGUGUGAUAAUCUUAAGAAACUGGAAAAGAUGCUUAGACAGUAUUCGUCUCAAAUCCCAAUGUCUUAUAAGGAAGCUUUGGAGCACUUAGAAGAAAGCAAGACUUUAGUCUCCAACAUUGACUCAGCUGAAGAUGAUCUUGUGAAGCUCAGACAGGUUUCUGGAGAGCUGAUGAGAUUAUGCAGAAGAAGUGACAGGGCACUGGGCAGGACUGUAACAGCGCUGUGGGAAAAUUGGCUGAGGUUGCUUGAGGCAGCUAAAGAGCUGGAAAUUAACUGUGAAGAACUAAAGCAGGAAUGGAAAUUCAUCAGCGAAGAGCUGGAACGAGAAACAAUAAUUCUUGAUAAGCUCCAGGAAGAACAGCCAGAAAAUCUUAAAGAGAAAGAAAAAGCCACCAAAGAGGAACUGAUAGAAUUACUAGAUUUUGUGAACUCAUUGGAGGAAAAUAUCAACCAGCAACAGCUCCUUCUACUCUUACUUCUUCACCGAAUAAGAAACGUCUUGAAUAUAUCUGAAAGUCCUGAGGCAGAAGCUGCCCUUCCGGCCUUAUGUGAGAUAAAGACAAUGCAGGAUCGCUGUAAAAAGUUGUAUGAAAAGACUCAAAAGCAUAAGGAUUCUGUACAAGCUGAGAUUGAAGGGAGGAACAAGAUCACUGAAGAAAUUAGUACCGUGACAAAUGCUUUACAGAAUGCUGCAUCUGUGUUAUUACAAGAUACCACUGGAAAGGCCAGACAGCUGGAGGAGGUUCAGCGAGUGAUUGGUAAAGAAAGUCAAAAUCUAAAGGAUAUAAUGGAGAAACUCCGGAUCAAGUAUUCUGAAAUGUAUACAAUAGUGCCUGCAGAGAUUGAAGCACAGUUGGAGGACUGCAAAAAAGUUCUGCAAGACCUGGAAGACAAGGUUAGCUUGGAAAUUUUGCAGAGCUCUCCUCAGUACGUGCUGAAAAGGAAAGCAGAAACUAUUAAUAAUGGCCUUCAAGCUAUUGAAAAGAUGUUACAACAGAAGAGUGAAAACGUUACAAAAGCCAAGGAAGUUCAGAAGCAAGUCUGGGAUAUGCUGGAUCUUUGGCAUUACAAACUCAACGAACUGGACGCAGAAGUGCAUGAUAUAGUAGAGCAGGAUUCCUGCCAUGCACAGGAGUUAAUGGACAUCUUAGUGACCCCCCUUCAGCAGUACCAAGAGGUCUCGCAACUCGCCGAGCGCCGGACUGCCAUUUUAAACAAGGCUGCCAACAAGAUGGAAGAAUAUGAUGAACUCUUGAAGAAUGUUCAAGUUUGGAUAGAAAACACCAACUGCUUGCUAAGAGCAGAUGUUGAAAGUGACUCUGCAAAAAGCUUACGCAGGCAUACUGAUGACCUUCAUAUGGCUUUAGAAGAUUCAGAGCAAAAACAAAAUCUUCUACACAGUGUUUACUUGGAGCUGGAGGAGCUAACACCAGUCUUUGAAACAGAUGGUAUAAUGCAGGAGCUAAAUGAAAUAGGUGAACAAGUAGCAACCUUACAGCAUGAGAUAGCAGAGGUUCUUCCACAGAUCCAGAAUGUAGCUGAUGAGUUGGAUGCCAUUGAAUCUCAUAUGAAAGUGCUUGAGAAGGACACUGCUAAAAUGAAGACAAUCCUGUCAUCAGAAGAUUUGUUAGAAUUUUCUCCUAAAGAGCAGCUUAAACAGGGACAGGUUAUACUUGACCAUGUGGGUCCCAUGCAAGAGACCAUUGUUAAUAUACAGUCCUACAAAGAAGCACUUCAGCUGCCUGGGGUGAAAAUACAACCUUUCUCAGUCUUCCGAAGAGCAAGACAACUCUUGAGAGAACUGAAGAAAUUAGAAAAAAUUGCUAAAGAACAAAAUGACCUACUGGAGAAAGCUGUAAAGAAAACAGAAGAAUGUGAACAAGAAAUUGAAAAGUUGAAGCAAUUCUUAAAAAACCACUUGGGUGAAGUAUCACAUGAAGAUCAAUCUGUGGCUCAGAAGAUUCAUUGUGCAGAGGGAGAAAUGGAAGCUGUAAAAGAAGAAAUCAUAAAGUUGUGCCAAAGAAAGGAAGAUAUCCUUACUGGAAUGAGGAACUCAAUGUCUGAGCUUCACCAGCGCUUACAGCAAGAAGUGCCUGAAUCAGGAGAUGAACUCACAGCCUCCAUAUUAGCACAAAGUGACUUGAUUGGGACUGAUGUUUCUGGUCAGCAGUUGAAAAAAAGAGGAGUGAUUUCUCUUCUGCCUUCCUUAGAUGAAGAAUCAGAAGACAGUUCUUUGCAGAGCAGGGGAAGUACAGCCACAGAGAAAGAUGCAAGCUUUUGGCCUUCAGAAGGAGGUGAUGAAAGGCAUAAAGAAGACAGUGCAACUUCCUGGUCUUCUGGUACUUUAUCGGAUGGCAUCAUUCAGGAUGCCAAUGAGAUAAUAGAAUCACACAGUAAACAUGGUGAGGAAAUGAAUGUGCAAACUUCACAGAGCACUGAUGGCCCUGGCACAAGUGAUGGCAGUCAGAAAAAAAGUGGAACUCUGCCUCCUGUCCUUAACGCCACGCUGGGCUCUCAAGGGAAAGUGGGAGAUUCGCAGGAAGUGGUGGAUGGUGGCAGGCCUGAGCCAGAAACGAUCCUCCAGGUCUGCCAAGCCCAGGUUGCUGAGCUGGAGCAAUGGCUAAACAAAACUAAAGUGUCCCUGAGGUCAGACCCCCAGACCCCCAAAAUGCAACAGAUGGCGGAACUGGAGCUUGCUGAUUGCCAGGUGAGGUUAUCAGAGAUAGAACAAAAGGUUCUUUCUUUACUGGAUGAUUGUGGAGAUAGUGCAAACUACCAACAAGAGACAGAGGCUCUUUCCUUGAAGCUGAGGGAUGUGAAGUGCAAUUUGGAAAAAGUGCAGAUGAUGCUUCAAGACAAAUACAAUGAAGAGCAGAUUCCUAACAGAGAGGGGAUUGACCCAGAGCCUCUUGAGAUCCUACACUCCAAUGGCUCCAGCACACCCCAGCUUGCCCUUGCUGAACAGCCACUCAUGUGGCACAACGGUUUCCAGCAUCCCCAGGAUCUGAAAGCAAAAGCAGCUGAUCAGAAAAGCCUCCUUGACUUCAUUGAGUCAUGUGUAGAAAAAAUGCAGCCACAGUUUGAAGACAGCAUAAUGCAGAAAUUGGACUCAAGCAAUGGAGAAUCUGAUGCAAAGAACAAGCAGGCUGAUCCCACCUUAGCUCCAAAGGAUCAAAUGGGUAAUAAAUGGCAGUAUUUACAACAAGAGCUGUCAUCAAAGAUGAAGUCUCCUCUCUGCCAGCUUGUGGAACCUCAGAUUACGACGAAGAUGAAUGUUCUGCCUCGAGGCACAUUCGCUAGUGCAGGAACCCCAACUGUGGAAGAACUGAAAACUUACACUGUCCAGCUGGGAGACCUAAGCCAAGAAGCAAAUGUGGUGCAUGCACAGGAUAACGUGGCAGAGGAAGUCUCUUCCAAUUUGGACAGAAAAUUGUUUGAGCUGCUUCUGGCAAUUAGCCGAUGUUUGAAUAACAUGGAGGAGAUGUUAAACACCUCAGUCCUUUCCACUGAAGAGGCAGCUGUGCAACAGGCUCUUUAUGAGACUCUUUCUGUGGAGCUGCGAAAACUUCAUGCUGAUCUGAGUAAUAAAAAGGAUGAUCUUCUAAAAUCUAUUAGCUGUGCUGGUGGGAGCACAGAUGUGUUCUGUGAGUGCUUUAACAACUUGCAGGCACGGCUGGAACAAACUCAAGCUGCCGCUGCUUCAAUGAGCAACUCCAUGAAAGCUGGGUUGGAUCAUAAUAGCAAUUACCAGAAUGAAACCAGGCUGCUCUAUGAUCAGUUAACUGAGAAAAAAGCUACUCUGCAACAAUGCUUGAGUGGGAUAUGUGGACAUAAUGUUCCUGAACAACUUCAGAAAACUGAUGCCUGUGCUUUGGAGCUGCAAAACUUAGAAAACCAAGUAGCAAAACUGAGAGAGCAUGGGGAAAGAUUUCAAUUACCUGUCACCUUAAUCCAGGAAGUUUAUAAGUUAGAGGAUAUUUUGGAUGACAUGUGGGGCAUUCUGAAAGCAAAGUAUGUGGAACUGAACUCUCCUUCCAUCAGUGAGAGCCAGUAUGAGGACUUACUUCAUGGAUUUGCAGAGCUGGUAGCUAUUGGACGAGAGAAGAUUGCACAAGAUCCAAAACAGUUAACAAGAAGCAGAGCAGCUCUACAGUCUCACUUGGAAAAUCACAAGGACUUUUUCCACAACCUCAUGACCCACAUGGAUUUCAUGCAAGCAUUUUCCAAGAAAGUAAAUCCCUCUAUCCUACAAAAGAAAGAGGAAUUCUGGAAAGAGCUGGUGAAUGAAGUCAAGUUGCUGGAGCAGAAUGCCUGCCAGUAUGGUAUACACUUAGAGAGCCUGCUAAAGGAGUGGAUGGAAUUUGAUGAUGAAUGCUUCGUUUUCAACAAGGAGUUAGAGUCACUUACCUCUGCAUUGCCUUCUGUUAAUUUGGUUGAAGAAACAGAAGAAAGACUAAUGGAAAGGAUUGCGCUUCUAGAGAAAAUCAAAACCAGUGUUGAUGAAAAGCAUGCCAGGCUUUACCAGCUGGUGAAAGAAGGAAAGAAACUGCUGACUGUUGUCAGCUCUCCAGAAAUAAGAAGCCAGAUUGGGAAGCUGGAAGAACAGUGGCUGUCAUUAACCAAAAAAGUUGGCCAUGAGCUACACCGACUUCAGACAUUACUCAAACUCCUGGUCAGCUACAAAAGAGACUCAGAGGAAUUAAUUAAAUGGCUGGAUUCUGCCCAGCAGAGAAUGAAUUUUUGGAAGGAGCAGUCUCUCAACGUGUUGCAAGAUCUUCCCACCAUCAGGGAUAACAUCAACAGCUUAUUUUCAUUCUCUAAGGAAGUUGAUGAAAAAUCUUCACUGAAGUCAUCUGUGGUGAGCACUGCCAACCAGCUCUUUCAUGUGAAGCAAGCUGAUACUGCAGCACUUAGGUCAUCUUUGGCAAAGUUUGAGCAAAAAUGGGGAGAACUGAUUACACAGCUGCCAGCCAUCCAAGAAAAGCUUCACCAGCUUCAGAUGGAAAAACUUUCAUCGCGGGAAGCCAUUGCUGAGCUAAUGACCUGGCUGGACCACGUGGAGCAACAGCAGGGACAUGAGGAACCAAUAAACUCACAAUGUAGUGCUGCCCAAGUCAGAAACCUCCUUCAGAAGUACAAGGAAUAUAUGAUGGAAAUGAACUUUAAACAGUGGAUGGUGGAUUUUGUUAACCAGUCACUCUUGCAGAUGAGCACUUGUGAUGUGGAAAGCAAGCGGUAUGAAAGGACAGAGUUUGCUGAGUGUCUUGGAGAGAUGAACUUGCAGUGGCACAGGUUGCAGGCAUCUCUGAACAGAAAGGUACAAGACCUGGAACACCUCUUGGAGGAUAUCACUGAAAAUGAGAACAAAGCACAGACUCUGUACAACUGGCUGGAAGCUCAGAGAGAUCGACUAAAAUCUUUGCAAACCCCAGCAAGUCUGAUCUCUGCACAGAACACAUUAGAUGAUUGCAAGGAGCUAGAAAAUCAACUCUCAACUAAGUCCAAAACACUUGAUGAACUCAAACAGAGUUUGGCUUUCAAUGGCAGUGCAGACCAAACCCCAGAAGCUCUGUCUCUCAGGAUACCUGAGCUAUGUGAAAUGAUGGACAGCAUUGUAAGCCAGGUUGCACAGUUAAAGACCUCAGUGCAGUCAAUAAUGGAGCAGUGGAAAGUAUAUGAUGAAGCUUACACAGAUGUCAGCCUGAAGACAACAAGAUAUUUGUACUGUGUAAACCAGUGCAAACCUUCUGUGCUGUCACUGGAAUAUUUGAAAAAACAGAUCAAAACUCUCCAGUCCCUUCAAGAUGAAUCGGAGAAUGGUGAAGAAUGUUGGGCCAAGCUCCAGGCUGCAGCCAGUAACCUGAAGAAGCACUGCUCCCCAUCUUUUGCAGACAUCAUUGAUCAGAAGUGCAUGAGGGCUCAUGAUAGGUGGAACUCAGUAAAUGAAGACAUCACAGAUCAGUUGCGGGCAGCACAAGUGACUCUGCAGCUUUGGGAGCCCUUUGAUACUUUAUGCAAUGAGGCAGCAGCCAAGUUACAACAGUGCCAAGAGCAGUGCACUCAUCUCUUAGAUGCUCGCAUGCCUGAGGAUAAUAUGAUAGAAACCCUGAAGCAGAGGAUACAGGAUAUAAAGAAUUUACAGCAUGGCCUUCAAAACAUAGCAGGAUGCCAUACCCAGAUUUCUUUGCUGGCUGAUCAGAUAAAACAGCAGGCUGGGACAGCUGCACAAGGUGUCCUGCUGGAGAAGCUGCAGCCACUCCAGAGAGCAUCCUAUUUGGAAAAGAUGUUGGAGAGGAAAUUAGAUGAAUUUGAGUUCAAUCUUUUACAACUGGAGGAUUUCAAGAACUGCCUUGAAAUGCAGGAGGGUCGCGUCAAGAAGUGCAUAGAUGCCUUGGAUAGUCUCUGUCUAGAGGGAGAAACAGACAACUCAGAAUUGCUCAUGAAUCACACACUGGAGCUUGCUGCACUUUCUCCAUGCAUAGAGAGUCUGAAUGAAGCAAGCAUUAAGCUACCACUCACUGACUUCACCCUGAAGAAAAUGCAGAACCUGUCUCGGCAGUGGAGUCAGAAAACAGCAGCUGCUCUGGAACGCUGCAGUAUGCUUGAGGAAACUCAAAGUGAUGAAAAGAAAUUCUUUCAAAAAUGUGAGAAGUGGAUGAAAUUCCUAGAAAAAAUGAAUGAUGCCUUAAAAACAGGUAUUCCAGGACAGUUUGAAGAACUGCAAGAGCAACAGAAAGUGUAUGAGAGGCUGCAAACUGAGGUUUCCAUAAAUCAGCAGAGAUUUAAUUCUAUCAUAGAAAAAGUUCUACCUUCCUUGGAAUCUGUAGAAGCAGAGAAAAGAAGAGAGAUUAUUGCCAAGGUCACAUUGAUGAAAGAGCAGUGGCAAAAGGUUAGCUGGAUGGUUCAGCAGAGGAAGAAAGAUAUCGAUGAACUCAUGAGAGAGUGGCAGCUCUUCAGGAGUUCCCUGCUGAGUCUCAGCAGAUUUCUUGCUAAUACAAACAGCUUCAUCACAGCUGUGAAGAAUCAGGACUGCCAUAGCCUUUGCCAGCUUAGAAAUCUAAUUAAAGAUUUCAAGAGUAAGGCAGUGAUUCUGCAGAGGUGGCAAGCCAUGUACUCCGUAGUCAUCGAUGCCGGGGAGAAGCUGCGCUCUGUUUCUGAUCCAGAGACCAGUGCUGUUCUGCAGGAGGAGCUCAGCAAGUUGCAGCAGAGCUGGGGGGACACCCAAGUGGAGCUGGAGAAAAUGACACUGCAGCUGGCCAACACCCUACAGAGCUGGGACUCCUGUGAAAAGCAAAGCAAGGACUUAGAAAGCAGGCUGCAAGAGCUGAAGGACAAAGUAAAAGAUCCACUUCCAGUUGAACAUGAAGAGCUCUACAAAGCCAAGGAACAUGUUAAGGAGCUGGAACAGUCGUUGGCAGACUGGGCCCACAACAUGAAGGAGCUGCAGGCCAUGAAGACAGAGCUGGCUCAUUGCAUCUUCACCGAGGACAUGAUGGUGCUCAAGGAGCAAGUUGAACAUUUGCACAGGCAGUGGGAAGAGCUCUGCUUGCGAGUGUCUCUGCGUAAGCAGGAGAUCGAAGACAGGCUCAAUACCUGGAUUGUGUUCAAUGAAAAGCAUAAGGAGCUCUGCUCCUGGCUGGUGCAAAUGGAAAGCAAAGUGUUGCAGACUGCAGAUGUCAGCAUUGAGGACAGGAUAGACAAAUUGCAGAAGGAUUGCAUGGAAGAAAUAAACCUCUUCAGUGAAAAUAAGAUCCACUUAAAGCAAAUGGGUGAUCAGCUAAUCAAGGCUAGCAACAAGAGCAGAGUUGCAGAAAUAGAUGAUAAACUCAAUAAAAUCAAUGAUCGCUGGCAGCAUCUCUUUGAUGUCAUUGGAGCACGGGUGAAGAAACUGAAGGAAACAUUUGCUUUUGUACAAAUAUUGGACAAAAACAUGAGUAACCUUCGCACCUGGUUGGCCCGGAUUGAGUCUGAGCUUUCCAAGCCUGUUGUUUAUGACAUCUGUGAUGACCAAGAAAUCCAGAAGAGACUGGCAGAACAGCAGGAUCUGCAACGAGACAUAGAGCAGCACACUGCAGGGGUGGAAUCUGUGUUUAAUAUCUGUGAAGUCCUGCUACACGAUUCAGAUGCUUGUGCCAAUGAGACAGAGUGUGACUCCAUCCAGCAGACUACCAGGAGUUUGGACAGACGGUGGAGAAACAUUUGCGCUAUGUCUAUGGAAAGGCGAAUGAAAAUUGAGGAAACCUGGCGCCUCUGGCAGAGGUUUUUGGAUGACUAUUCUCGCUUUGAAGACUGGCUAAAAGCAUGUGAAAAGGUAGCAGCUGAGCCUAAUUCUUCAGGGGUGUUGUACACACAUGCAAAGGAGGAGCUGAAGAAAUUUGAGGCUUUCCAACGGCAAAUUCAUGAACGCCUCACUCAGCUGGAGCUGAUCAAUAAGCAGUACAGGCGCCUUGCCCGCGAGAACCGCACCGACUCGGCCAGCAAGUUGAAGCAGAUGGUACAUGAAGGCAACCAACGCUGGGAUAACCUCCAGAAACGAGUUGCUGCCAUUCUGAGGAGGCUCAAGCACUUCACCAAUCAGAGAGAUGAGUUUGAGGGGACGAGGGAAAGCAUCCUUGUUUGGCUCACAGAGAUGGACCUCCAGCUGACAAACGUGGAGCACUUCUCAAAAAGUAACUUCGAUGACAAAAUGCGCCAGUUAAAUGGUUUCCAGCAGGAAAUAACACUAAACACCAAUAAGAUUGAUCAGCUAAUCGUUUUUGGGGAACAUUUGAUUCAGAAGAGUGAGCCUCUGGAUGCUAUGCUGAUUGAAGAUGAAUUGGAAGAACUUCAUCGAUACUGUCAGGAGGUGUUUGGGCGAGUUGCCCGAUUCCAUCAAAGACUGACUUCAAGGCAUCCAGGAUUGGAUGAUGAAAAAGAGACCUCUGAAAAUGAGACAGAUCCAGAAGACUCCAGAGAAAUCCAGAAUGAUCCCUGGCAUAAGAAAGCAAUCAGUGAGGGGCCCUCUUCAACACAGUCCCUUUGCCACCUUGUGCCCCCUACUCAAGGCCAUGAAAGAUCAGGCUGUGAAACCCCUGUCAGUGUUGACUCCAUCCCUCUUGAGUGGGAUCACACAGGUGAUGUAGGAGGUUCUUCCUCUCAUGAAGAUGAAGAAGAAGCAACAUACUACAGUGCUCUGUCAGAUGUAGAAAUCACUGAAAAUCCUGAGGCAUAUCUUAAAAUGACCACAAAAACUUUGAAAGCAUCUUCUGGAAAGUCUGUUUCAGAAGCUCACCCUUGGCAUUCUCCAGAUAGCCCAGUCUGCAGGAAACACCGAUACAAUCAGGCAGAGGUGGCUGGAAACGUGUUGUCUGGUCCAGAGACAAGCACUCCCUAUAAGCCAGACUAUGUGAAGCAGCUCAGCUCUACAAGCAGCAGCAGCAUGAACAAGAAGAAAAGUACAUCUGCUAAUGUGAGCGAUGAAGAACCGCAAGAUGACCAGGAGCUUGUGAAUAUAGCACCUGCAGAGAAACAGCCAGGCAUUAUUGGUAAAUGGGAGCUCAUCCAAGCUCAAGACCUCAGAAAUAAACUCAGGAUGAAACAGAAAUUGCAGCAGUGGCAGCAGCUCAACUCAGAUCUCAGCGAUGUCUCUGCUUGGCUUGAUAAAACUGAGGAAGAGCUGAAAGAGCUGCAGAAAAUGAAAUCUCCAACCAGCAUGCAGGAGUUGGAAGAAAGGGUCAAGAAAUUGAAAGACAUGCUUAAAGCAUUUGACAACUACAAGGCAGUGGUGCUUUCUGUGAACCUGAGCAGCAAAGAAUUCCAGAAAGCAGAUAGUACAGAGUUCAAAGAGAUUCAGAACAGGCUUCGGAAGGUGAACUUGCAUUGGGAGAAAGCAACUCAUGUAUUGGACAGCUGGAGGAAAGGUUUACAACAAGCCCUACUGCACUGCCAGGACUUCCAUGAUCAGAGCCAAAAACUAAUCCUGUGGUUAGCAAAUGCUGAUAGCCGAAGGAAUGAAGCACAAAUCACAGAUCCAAAUGCUGACCCCAGUACAAUACUGGAAUGCCAGAAAGAGCUAAUGCAACUGGAAAAAGAGCUUCUGGAACAACAGCUUAAAGUAAACUCACUUCAAGAGCUCACUGCUUACCUGCUGCUCAAAUCAGAUGGUGAUUACAUUGAAGCUGAUGAAAAAGUCCAUGUCAUUGGAAGGAAACUGAAACAGCUUAUUGAACAAGUUUCACGUGACUUAAAAACAAUACAAGGAAAUCUGGAUACCAGAACAUUCCUGCUAGUUCCAGAUGACUUGGAUGCUGGAGCCUAUAACCCAGUUGCAGCAGAAUCCAACCCUGCUGUGAAGAAGCUCACCAGGAGAACUGCAGAUGGCAGAGACAGCAGCAGCACAAGAGGAGAAAGCCAUCUACAACCUACUAAAGCAAUUCCUCGGUCUCCCUCCUUCUUUUACCGUGUAUUAAGAGCAGCUUUACCUCUUCAGUUGUUCUUUCUCCUGCUUUUACUUCUGGCUUGCAUGAUCCCAUCUUCUGAGGAAGAUUACAGCUGCACCCAGGCAAACAAUUUUGCCCGUUCUUUUUAUCCCAUGCUGCGAUACACCAAUGGGCCUCCACCAACUUAGGAAGCAGCCCAAGAACCUUCAGCUAUCCCCAAACACACUCUCUGCGGUGCUUUUUUUCAUGCAACUAGCAUCAACCAAGCAGUGACGACACAUAAUACAAUACAGAGACUUUGUACUGUGUUAGUUUCCCAGACUAGCCACUAAAGCACCCUGGCAUCCUGCACACCUCUGUGCAAGAUGCUGCUGCCUCACGUUUAUAGCCUCCUUUUCCUGUCGCAGGAAAUGUGUUAAAUUUCACAUCUCAAAAUGUAUAUCUGGACAAAAUCUCAGCAUUUUUGUAUGGAAAACAAACUUUUUCUAUAGAUUUUUAAACUGUAAGCAACACACUUUAUACUUUGAUGCAAGAGAUACACUAUUUUGUAGGUGCAGUAUUCUUAAGCUUGCAAGGUGAUUGAAUACUGAGUUACUAGAUGCAGAAACUAUACCACAGAAUCUUAGACACAGCAGUCCGUCUCUGGUUAGCAUGACAAACACGCAGGUGAAGAGGCACUUUGCCUGAAAUUAUUUCUGCACACAAUUCACAUGACCUGUGUCUUUUUGGUACUGUAGUCACUUGGUGGAAACAAAUCUCCAUCUUUUUGAAUCUUUCUGGUUGUACUUUAUUCAUCUAACAUGUUCAAUAAAA